AUGCCCUACCUUCAGGAGCUAACGCGGCGCCUGGCACUUAGUGGCCCCUCGACGUCUACUCGGUGGGUGUUCAGUGAGUGGCGGUGGGGCUGGCAGUGGCUGCCCGCUUCCAUUUCCCGAGCCGUCGUCGUCGCCAUCCCCUCGUGGGCGUUCCGGGUGUCAGUUACCCCGCAGGGGCGGCCAUUCCUGCUGGCUGCGGCCCGGGUGUCUCCUCGCCUGUGUUCAGCUUGCUCGGGCAAGGGUCCCUGCCAGCCACGUGGUACAGCUGAUGCACCUUCCUGUCCUCGUAGCGGGGACGCCUCGACGUCUAGUGCCAUGCUGGGCAGGGCAUUAGGAACGACAGCUUCGGGCAGGCUGUCUUCAUGCUACGCCAUGCAGCCAACUACAGAGUGUACAGACUUUUCCUUUUCGGCGGCACGUGGUGGCAAGAAGGUGGUGCAGAUUUCCAAGAAGAGGAAGUUUGUUGCUGACGGCAUAUUCGAAGCUGAACUGAACGAGUUUCUCAUUUGGGAGCUGGCUGAAGAUGGGUGCUCUGGAGUUGAGGUCCGACUUACACCAACCAGGACAGAAGUCAUCAACUUGGCCACCAGGACACACAAUGUUCUUGGUGAGAAGGGCCGGCAGAUCCGGGAAUUGACUGCUGUGGUUCAGAAGAGAUUUGGCUUCCCUGAGGGCAGUGUAGAGCUUCGUGCUGAAAAGGUGGCCACAAGAGGUCUGUGUGCCACCGGCCAGGCAGAGUCUCUGCGUUACAAAUUCCUAGGCGGCGGUGCUGUGUGGAGGGUCUGCUGCGGUGUGCUGCGGUUCAUCAUGGAGAGUGGGGCUAAAUGCUGCGAGGUCGUGGUGUCUGGGGAAGUCCCAGGACAGAGGGCUAAAUCCAUGAAGUUUGUGGAUGGCCUGAUGACCCACAGUGGGGACCCUGCUAACUACUGUGUCGAUACUGCCGUGCGCCACGUGCUGCUCAGCGGUGUGCUGGGCGUCGAGGUAAAGAUCGUGCUGCCUUGGGACCCAACUGGUAAGACUGGCCCUAAGAAGCCCCUGCCCGAUCACGUGAGCAUCGUGGAACCCAAGGACGAAAUACUGCCCACCACCCCCAUCUCCGAGCAGAAGGGUGGGAAGCCAGAGCCGCCUGCCGUGCCCCAGCCGGUACCCACAGCAUAAUAGGGUCUCCUUGGCCGCUGGAUCUGCAGUCUGGAUGUUGCUCUAUAAAGACAUUUAAUAAAAUCUUUUUAAAAGAAAAAAAAA